AGACGCCCUGCGGAGCGACCCCGGCUUGGCGGUGGCCAGCAUGGCUCCCACACUCUUCCAGAAGCUCUUCAGCAAGCGAAGCGGCCUGGGCGCGCCCGGCCGCGACGCCCGCGACUCGGAUUGCCUGUGGAAUUGGCCUUUGCCAGAAUUUGAUCCAAGCCAGAUUCGACUGAUUGUAUAUCAAGACUGUGAAAGGAGAGGAAGAAAUGUCUUGUUUGACUCCAGUGCUAAGAGAAAAACAGAAGACAUAACAGUAUCGAAGCUCUGUAGUGAUGCUCAAGUCAAAGUCUUCGGGAAGUGCUGCCAACUGAAACCUGGAGGAGACAGCUCUUCCUCUCUGGACAGUUCCACAACUUCAUCUUCUGACAUGAAAGACCAGUGUCCCAAGUACCAGGGUUCUCGGUGUUCAUCUGAUGCCAAUAUGCUUGGAGAGAUGAUGUUUGGCUCAGUAGCUAUGAGCUACAAAGGAUCCACCCUAAAAAUUCAUCAGAUCCGAUCUCCUCCACAGCUUAUGCUCAGCAAAGUUUUUACGGCACGGACUGGCAGCAGUAUCUGUGGAAGCCUCAAUACACUGCAAGACAGUCUUGAAUUCAUCAAUCAGGAUAACAAUACAUUAAAGGCUGAUAAUAACACAGUCAUUAAUGGACUACUUGGAAAUAUAGUUCACAGCAAUCCAAUGGACAUGCCAGGAAGAGAGCUGAAUGAGGAUAGAGACAGUGGCAUAGCACGCUCUGCAUCUCUCAGCAGCUUGCUUAUCACUCCAUUUCCGUCACCAAACUCCUCACUCACCCGGAGUUGUGCCAGUAGCUACCAGCGACGUUGGAGACGCAGCCAGACUACAAGCUUGGAGAAUGGGGUGUUUCCCAGAUGGUCCAUAGAAGAAAGCUUUAACCUAUCAGAUGAGAGCUGUGGCCCUAGCCCGGGAAUUGUGAGAAAAAAGAAGAUUGCAAUUGGAGUAAUCUUUUCCUUAUCCAAAGAUGAAGAUGAAAAUAGCAAAUUUCAUGAAUUAUUUUUUUCACAUUUUCCACUUUUUGAAAGCCACAUGAAUAAACUAAAGAGUGCAAUAGAACAGGCUAUGAAAAUGAGUCGGAGAUCAACUGAUGCCAGUCAGAGGAGUUUAGCAUAUAAUCGAAUUGUUGAUGCCCUAAAUGAGUUCAGAACAGCCAUUUGUAACCUUUACACAAUGCCACGGAUUGGCGAGCCUGUGUGGCUUACAAUGAUGUCAGGAACUCCAGAAAAGAACCAGCUUUGCCAUCGUUUUAUGAAGGAAUUCACUUUCCUAAUGGAAAAUGCUGCCAAGAAUCAAUUCUUGCCAGCUCUCAUUACAGCAGUUCUGACCAAUCAUCUUGCCUGGGUCCCAACAGUCAUGCCAAAUGGACAGCCACCUAUAAAAAUAUUUUUAGAAAAACAUUCCUCGCAGAGUGUGGACAUGUUGGCAAAGACUCACCCAUAUAACCCACUUUGGGCACAACUAGGGGACUUGUAUGGCGCUAUUGGCUCUCCUGUACGGUCAGCAAGGACUGUGGUAGUUGGCAAACGACAAGAUAUGGUCCAGAGGCUGCUUUAUUUUCUUACUUACUUCAUAAGAUGCUCUGAACUUCAAGAAACCCAUCUUUUAGAAAAUGGGGAAGAUGAAGCCAUUGUUAUGCCUGGCACAGUAAUUACUACCACUUUAGAGAAAGGUGAAAUAGAAGAAUCUGAGUAUGUACUUAUCACAAUGCAUAGAAACAAAAGCAGUUUGCUUUUUAAAGAGCCAGAAGAAACAAGGAUUCCUAAUUGUACCUGUAAACAUUGUAGUUGUCCACUUCUUGAGCAAAAUGCAGAGAAUGUUUCACAAGAGAGAGAUGAUGUUCAAAAUAUCUCUAAGAAACUGUUAGAAACUUCAGAUGAGUGCCAAAUGCUUACUACUUCUGAUUGCCAAGAAGAAAAUGCUUUUGAUAUUAAGCAGUAUGCAGAUAAAUUAAGAACGUGUCUUGACACCAAGUUAGAGACGGUUGUUUGCAUAGGAUCUGCUCCAGUAGACAAAUGUUCAUUGUCAGAAUCAGGCUUAGAGUCACCAGGGGAAACACGGCAGAGUGAGGAAUUGCUGGAUUCAGAUGGCCACACAGGCAAAAUGAUGAGAUCCACGGGAAUUAUUGUGGAAAAAAAACCUCCAGACAAGCUUGUAUCACCUUCACUUUCUUGUGAGGCAACCCAGACAAAGGUUACUUUCCUGAUUGGGGAUUCCAUGUCACCUGAUUCAGAUACUGAACUCCGGAGUCAGGCAGUGGUGGAUCAGAUCACCAGGUAUCAUAGCAAGCCUCUGAAGGAAGAAGGAGCAGCUAUUGAUCUGCAUCAAGAAACUAAACAAAAGGCUAAGGACCAACCUGGAGAUUCUGAUAUACAAAAGAGGAUUUCUGGAGAGGCCUGUGAACUUCCCUGUUGGAAUCAUUCAGACCCCGACAGCAUGAGUUUAUUUGACGAAUAUUUUAAUGAUGAUUCCAUUGAAACCAGGACUAUUGAUGAUAUUCCAGUUAAAAUAAGUACAGGCAAUAAAGAGCACUCUUGUGUGUUGGAGUUUCCAAAAAGAUUGUGUUCAAAAAAUAGCACACAGAAAAAUGAAUUACUAUGUAAAUGUGUAGAAACAGUUCACCAAGAUGCAUAUAAAACCUGCUUUCCUCAGCAAGACCAAACAGAUACACUCUCUAUUCUUGUCCCCCAUGGAGAUAAAGAGAGUUCAGAGAAAAAAAUUACUGUAGGAAAUGAAUGGGACAUUCCAAGAAAUGAAAGUUCAGAUAGUGCCCUUGGUGACAGUGAAAGUGAAGAUACAGGUCAUGAUGUGACUAGACAAGUCAGCAGUUUUUAUGGAGGCGAGCAAGAAGAUUGGGCAGAAGAGGAAGAGAUACCUUUUCCUGGGUCAAAGUUAAUUGAAGUGAGUUCUGUUCAACCUAAUAUUGCCAACUUUGGGAGGUCCUUGCUGGGUGGCUACUGCUCAUCUUAUGUGCCUGACUUUGUGCUUCAGGGAAUUGGGAGUGAUGAGAGGCUCCGCCAGUGUCUUGUGUCAGAUUUGUCCCAUGCUAUUCAGCAUCCAGUGCUAGAUGAACCAAUAGCAGAAGCUGUCUGUAUUAUAGCAGAUAUGGAUAAAUGGACUGUUCAAGUGGCCAGUAGCCAGAGACGAAUGACAGAUAAUAAAUUGGGAAAGGAAGUAUUGGUUUCCAGUCUUGUUUCCAACCUGCUUCAUUCCACUCUUCAGCUUUAUAAACAUAAUCUAUCUCCAAAUUUUUGUGUCAUGCACCUUGAAGACCGGUUACAGGAGCUAUACUUCAAGAGCAAAAUGCUUUCUGAGUAUCUGAGAGGGCAGAUGCGAGUUCACGUCAAGGAGCUAGGAGUGGUUCUGGGGAUUGAAUCCAGUGAUCUUCCUCUUCUGGCGGCUGUAGCAAGCACUCACUCUCCAUAUGUUGCCCAGAUUCUUCUUUAAAAUAUCUAAAGAUUGAGAAAAUAAUUUUAGAAAAAAGUUAAAGUCAAAACCACAGAAGCAGGCACAUCAUGUGAUAUUUCUUUUUCUCUGAUAAUCUUCCAUCUGCAUGAGUCAGUCCCUUUGUUAUUCCUGUAUAGCAUUUCGUACUCAAUGAACAUCUCAUGACUUUUUCUGUAUAAUUAGACUUUUGGGUGGUAGAUUUUUAACCAAAAGACUAAAGCAGCUUAAGUAAUUUGGGGGAAAAAAUAAAAAAAUGUCAAAGUUCACAACAACGAGUAACAUGGGUAAAUUUCAUAUGAUCACUAUGAAAUUUACAUAAUUUAUCAAUAGCAACUGUCUCAUGCCUCAAUGGCUGGAAAUUAUCAUUUAAUUCUUAUUCCUAAGGUACCAAGAUCCUUGUUACUCUUGAUUAUUUCUUGAUUUCAAUUCAAGGUAGCUAAUUUCCGGCUAUUUUUAACAUUCUAUUAAUUAUAACAAACUCAAUAAUAAAUGUAAAUAUGUUAUAUUACUGCUUAAGUGUACAUAUGUAUCUAUUUUUUAAAAAAGCAAAGGUAAAAUACAUGAUUGGUAAAUACGAUGUUUUUAAUAUAUAUUUUAAAUUAGUAUUAAUUGUGUGUAAUGUUACUUUCUGGUGAUUUUCCUGUUCAACACAUUCAAAAAUACACAUGAAGCAAAUCUUUUGUAAGGCCAUGGGAUAUAGGUUCCCCAAAUUAAGAGUACUACUUUAUACCAUUUGUUGUGUUUAUACCAAUAAGCUAAUUCUUAUAAAUACUAAUAUUUACAUAUUUGAUGUCUAAUUUUAAAACUAAGAAUCAGAAUUUAAAAUUACACGAAAGCAUUGGCAAAAAUACUAUUUUCCUUACAAGUGCUCAGGUAGCCAAGGCCCUUGCUUUUGGUAUCAGCUUCUUGAAUUCUAGGAGCUGAAUGUUUCACUGUUUCAAAAUAUUUAGCUUACAUUAGUGGAACUCAUAAAUUUUAAAGUUACUCUCAUUUCUGUAAAUUCUGGCAUUUAUUAGCCUCCUCUCUUCCAAGAACUGUUUGUAUUUCCCCCUACCCCCACCAGAUUUCCACACUUCAUUUGAUACUGUCUUUGUAUAUACUAUAGUGUUGCUUUGAUGAAAGGCUAAUAAUGGAACCAAAAUCUUGUAAGUAAUGUAAAUAGUCAGAUGGGUAGAUAGUUUCCAAUAUGCUCUACUACCUCAGUUUACUUGGAAUACUACAGUAUAGUUUAUUCUCCGCUUAUCUAGUCAAGGUACUUCUAAUGCUAGAAGUUGGUUUCUGCUUUCAUUGAUUAUUUUCAUCAUAACUGAUCAGUUGAAAUGAGUACAAACUACUCAUUUCAUUACUAAACACAUUUUAAAGUGUAACACCCAUUUUUGCUAUUUAAAUUUUCAGUAAUUAGUAGGAAAUUUCUUGGUUUACUUACUCUUUGACAUGGAAUUUAUAGUGUUGAGUCAUAUUUUGUUUUCGCUCUGUAUUUAAGAGAUCUCAAAGUAGGCAAAGAAGAAAUAGUUGCUUUAAUGGAAUGUAAACCUGGAAUUGAUGUGUCCAAAAUUAAUUUGGCCACUGUAUCCUAUCAGCUGAUUCCAGCUAGUACCUAAGUCUCCCAUGGAUGACUUAC